AUGAAAGUUCUUAUGCGACUGGUAUUUGGCCAACUAGUUUUACGUUCCUAUUAUAUCAGUGUUCUAAUUGGCCAAGGUAAUAGAACAUUUGCCGAUGAAGUUACAUAUUAUGGUGGAUGGUAUUUACAUUCAUUAUCAGUUGGUGAUUGUAAUAAGAAUGGCAUAAUAGAUAUUUUUGUUGCCGAUUCCUAUCACAAUGGUGUAAGUGUUCUUCUCGGAUUAGUUGAUGGUUCUUUUAAAUAUCAAACAUGGUUUGCAGUUGGUAAUAAUCCAGCAUCAUUAGCUGUUGGUGAUUUUAAUGAAGACAAUAACUUAGAUAUUGUUGUUUGUAAUUCUGAUAACAGUACGAUAAGUGUACAUUUUGGUUUUGAAAAUGGAUCAUUUUCCACAGGAAUACCACAUUCUACCGGCACUCCUACGUCGAGUUUCAGCGUUGCUGAUUUGAAUAAAGAUAAACUAUUGGAUAUUGUUCUUACUAAUUUUGCUGAUAAUGUUAUGAGUGUUUUUCUCGGUUUAGGCAACGGAUCUUUCUUUGAUCGAGCUAUAUACUCAACUGGUUCUAAUACUACAGCAACUGUGAUUAAGGAUUUAAACAAUGAUACUCGAUUAGAUAUUCUUCUUGUAGUUAAUGGUGCUUCUUAA